CAAGUUGUAAGUUGUGGAUGAUUGACUCCACUACCCAAUAAGUCUUUCUUAACCCUUAUUUCUUUCCACUGUUUUGAAUACUAUCUGCUUCCUUUCCUCUUUGUACCGUCUACUGAAUUUCUGCUAGCUUCUUGUUUACAAGGAAAAAUGGCUAAGAGAGAUUAUGCAGCUGGUGAUAAGAAGUUGAUGAUCUCUACCACUCUUGGACGACGAGGUGUUCAGGAGUAUGAAGAGCUUCAACGUAUUGUGAGGGAGACCAAAGUGAAACUUUUGGAUCUGGAAAGGAAGGAGUUGGAAGAUGGAGGAGUAUGGAUGUUGUUGAAAAAGAUUAAAGAAUUAUAUUAUGAAGCAGAUGAUGUGUUAGAUGAGUUGUUAUAUGAAGCCAUGAGAAUUCGAAAGUACUUCAUGAUGACCAGAAAGGUAUGCAAUAUUAAGUCCUUGCCUGCACUGCACUUGUUCCACCCACUUUUAUUAAUAUUCCAUCACAGAAUGUCUGGUAAAAUCAAGGUUUUGAAUGGAAAAUUGCUAGAUGAGAAGAAAGGAAAAAUGGAAAUGAAAAUCCCCCAAGAAAUAUAUGAAAUUGGCCCACUACCUAUCACAAUUGAAAUUGAUUUGGUGGAGAAAAUAAAAGUAAGGGAGGAUGACAAAGGAAAGAUUAUUAAGAUGUUAAUGGAUCAAAAUGAAGAAAUGCUCUCUGUCAUCCCUAUAGUGGGGUGGGAAGGUGUUGGCAAGGCAAAUCUAGUAAAGCAGAUUUUCAAUGAUGAGUCAAUAAGCUCACAAUUUGAUCUGAAAUCUUGGAUUUCUGUGUCAUCUGAGAAGGGGUUUGAUGUGAAAAAUGUUGUAAAAGAAAUAAUUGAAAAGACUCCUGGAAGAAGAAGUAUGGGUGAUUUAAAAAAUUUGGAUUAUUUACAGCAUAUGUUAGAAGAGAUUUUGAGUGGAAAAAGGUUUUUACUUGUGUUAGAUGAUGUGUAUACAAGUGGCUUUGAUGAAGAAAAAUGGAAUAAUUUUAGAGCUUUGUUGAGAGUUGGUUCCAAAGGGAGCAAAAUUAUUGUAACAACACCAUUUGAAGAAGUAGCUUCAAUAAUGGCUACAGUUCCUCUUAUAAGGGGGACAGUUCCUUUAAUGAUGGAGACAUGUAGUAGUGAUGAAGAAAGGUGGGAAUUGUUCUGCAGAGAAGCAUUUGGGAUAGGAGGUGCAGAGAAGAGUGAAGAUCUAGUCAGAAUAGGAUUGGAACUUGUUAAGGAAUGCCAAGGCUAUCAAUUUGAGUUAUCAAUUCUAGGUGGGAUGAUGCACUUCAAGAAAAAUAAAGAAGAGUGGGAAACUGUUCUAAAUACUAUGAAAGCAUGUAGGAAUAAAGAUAUAGAGAUUUCAACACUGAAGAUUUGUUACAAUGACAUGGAGUCACCAUUGAAACGAUGCUUUGCAUAUUGUUCAGUAUUUCCCAAGAAUUUUAUAAUUGAAAGGAAGACAUUGAUUCAGCUAUGGAUGGCUGAAGGUUUCUUGGAAGAUGAAGAAGCAUUAUCACCCAUUAAUGGUGGAGAUGUAAAAUUAAUGGAAGAUAUUGGUGAUGAUUAUUUUAAUUCAUUGGUGCAGAGGUCUUUCCUUCAAGUUGUUCAAAAAGAUGAUAAUGGUGAACCAUUAGAGUGCAGGAUGGAUGACAUUUUACAUGAUUUUGCACAGAACAAGCUCUGGCGAUACGAAGCCACGGUUGUGGAUGAUGUUCGGACAUUUCUUCGGUGUCCUAAUAAUAUUUCUUCUUAUGGUCCUCUGUUAUUAAAGUUCAAGAGCCUGCGUGUACUAGAACUUAGACACAUCAACAAAGAUGAUUUGCCAUCUUCAAUUGGAGAGUUAUUGCACUUGAGGUAUCUUGAUCUUUCCCAUGGUAGCUUUAAAGCAUUACCUGCCACCAUUUCCAAUCUCCACCAUUUGCAAACUUUGAAGCUGUUACAUUGUAAAUAUCUUCAAAGAUUGCCUAAAGGAAUAACAAAACUGAUCAACUUGAGGCAUCUAGAAAUUGAAAGAAGUCUCGACACUCCAAGAGGUUUAGGAAAACUGAGUAAUCUUCAAACCUUCACUUCAUUUAAGGUGGGAAACGAUGUUACUACUGAAGCUGCAGAUAUUGAAGAGCUGAGAUGUCUAGAACAACUUGGAGGAAGGCUGAGUUUAAUUGGUCUCAACAAUGUGAAAGAUGGAGAAGUUGGUAAAGCAGCAAAUUUCAAGGAGAAAAGAAGACUCAAGGAGUUGACAUUAGAAUGGGAAUCAGAUUGGCAUGUUUGUACCGAGGAAGAUAGUAUGAAACAGGACAGCGUAUUGGAGGAGCUCCAACCUCAUCAAGAUCUAUUUGUUCUAAGGAUACUACGUUUCAGUGGCACCAAGCUCCCUAAAUGGUUGAAUAAUGGGAGUACACAUCUCUCAAAAUUACGUGAACUGCGUAUUUACUCAUGUCACCAUGUAAAAGCUUUGGAUCUUACAGGCUUGAGGUCUCUUCGGAUACUAAUGAUUUCUUAUUGUAAAAAUCUAGAGUCUGCAGGAGUUGAGGGUCUCAUGGACUUGGAGCUUUUGGAAUUCAAGGCAUGUGAUAAGUUGAGCUCUCUUGUUGGAUUGAAGGAGGCAAAUCAGAGAGAAGAUCAAAUGGGUUCUUCACGAGCCAAUCACGCGAAGCUGCGGAUAGAAAGCUGCGAUAAUCUUACAACUUUACCAGAGAAGCUCCUACAAUCAUUGAAGACACUGCAUAUAGAAAGUUGUACAAAUAGAAUGGUUUUGAUGAAUGGGUUAGAAAACCUUUCAUUGCUUCAACGCAUGCAAAUAGAAAAUUGCCCAAAUCUAAAGGAAUUGUCAGAGGGUGUACGACAACUCUCAUCUCUUCAACACUUUGAAAUUAGGGAAUGCCCUAAGCUCAUGUUUUUAUCAGAAGAGAUGCAACGCUGGACAUCACUACAGGCACUGACUAUUUUUUCUUGCACAAAUCUAAGGGAUCUGCCAAGGGGUAUUGCUAAGUUUUCCUCACUUAAAGAAUUGGAAAUCAGUGGAUGUGAUUGCUUGAUCUCUUUACCAGAUGAGAUCCAAGAAUUGAUGUCAUUGGAAAUCUUGAAGAUUGAGCAGUGUUCAGAUUUGAGAGCUCUACCUGCUGGCCUCAUAAAGCUCUCAUCACUUCAUGGAUUGGAAAUAUCAAGUUGCAAUAGGUUGACAUCUUUUCCUAGAGGGAUGCAGCACUUGAGAUCACUAGACACACUGAAGAUAAAAGGUUGUGAUAAUCUAGAAAAAUUACCAGAGGAAAUGGGGGACCCAUCAACCCUUCGUGUGUUGGCUAUAAUUGGUUGUCCUAAUCUACAGGUUCUACCAGAAGGCUUAGGAAAUCUCAAAAACCUCCAUCUAUUGGAAAUAAUUGAUUGCUCUAAUCUAACCGCUCUACCAAAUGGCUUGGGACACCUCUCAUUGCUUCGAUCUUUGUAUAUCCAGAGAUGCCUUAAUUUGGAGUCGUUUCCCAACACUCUUCCGCACAUGACAUCCUUACAGGUUCUUUGGUUGAUUGAUUGUCCUAAACUAAAGGAUUUGUCCAGUGGAUUGAGAUCUCUCUCAACACUUGAAAAAUUGACCAUCUGGGGAUGUCAUAGCCUCAUCAAGCUUUUUCAGGAGGGAAUUCAAGAGCUGAAAUCAUUACAGGAGGUAACCAUUUCGCAUUGUUCAAGACUAAAAACCUUGCCUGAUGGAUUGGAGAAGCUCCCUUCACUUACAGAGCUGGUUAUUUGGAAAUGCCCUAAAUUGGAGCCUUUAGAGAACAUGAUAGAACACUUGAAAGGGAGGAAGUUACGAAAACUGAACAUUAUAGACUGUCGUGGUCUGGAGACCAUUGAUGAUGCACCUCAAUCCCCUGCUAACAUUGUCCUUACUCCUCCAGACUUCAGGUUCGUUUUCUCCUACCUUCUACUCAUUUCUUUCUUUUGAAUUUUCGUUUCUAGCUAAUGCUUGAAAAGCUAGUGUUUGUUUAGAUACUUAUUUCUUCUUUCCCCUGCAUUUCUCCAAAUUUAUAGUUCUUUUGUUGUUGGAGUUAAUAUGGGUCUUUACUUUAAUGGAUACAAAGUUGUCGUUAUUUUGUUCGUUAUCUUU